GACGAGACUCUCCACCUGGACCUGCCAUGUGGCUGCAUGUUGCCCCCUUCAGACAGGUCCGUGUUUCUCUCUUCUCAGGUGAGGCCCAUUCUGGGGAUCACCCCACUGGCUGAAGAUGAGGCCACUUCUUCUCCUGUUUUUUGCCUUGCCCAGCCUCCUGCAUGCCCAGCAAGCCUGUUCCCGUGGGGCCUGCUAUCCACCUGUUGGGGACCUGCUUGUUGGGAGGACCCAGUUUCUCCGAGCCUCAUCCACCUGUGGACUGACCAAGCCUGAGACCUACUGCACCCAGUAUGGCGAGUGGCAGAUGAAAUGCUGCAAGUGUGACUCCAGGCUGCCUCAUAAUUACAACAGUCACCGAGUGGAGAAUGUGGCAUCAUCCUCGGGCCCCAUGCGCUGGUGGCAGUCACAGAAUGAUAUGAACCCUGUCUCUCUGCAGCUAGACCUGGACAGGAAGUUCCAGCUUCAGGACAUCAUGAUGGAUUUUAAGGGGCCUCUGCCCGCCGGGAUGCUGAUUGAGCGCUCCUCGGACUUCGGCAAGACCUGGCAGGUGUACCAGUACCUGGCUGCUGACUGCACUUCCACCUUCCCCCGGGUGCACCAGGGCCAGCCUCAGAGGUGGCAGGAAGCUCGGUGCCAUUCCCUCCCUCAGAGGCCUAACGGGCACCAAAAUGGAGGCAAGGUCCAACUUAAUAUCCUGGAUUUAGCCUCUGGGAUUCCAGCAACUCAAAGUCAGAAGAUUCAAGAGCUAGGGGAGAUCACGAACUUGAGAAUCAACUUCACCAGGCUGGCCCCCAUGCCCCAGAGAGGCUACCACCCGCCCAGCGCCUACUACGCAGUAUCCCAGCUGCGCCUGCAGGGUAGCUGCUUCUGUCAUGGCCACGCUGACCGCUGCGCCCUUGCACCUGGAGCCCACGCAGGCCCCUCGACUGCUGUGCAGGUCCAUGAUGUCUGCGUCUGCCAGCACAACACCGCAGGCCCCAAUUGUGACCACUGUGCACCCUUCUACAAUGACCGGCCCUGGAGACCUGCAGAUGACCAGGACCCCCAUGAAUGCCAGAGAUGUGACUGCAAUGGUCACUCAGAGACAUGCCACUUCGACCCAGCUGUGUUUGCAGCCAGCCAGGGGGCUCAUGGAGGCGUGUGUGACAAGUGCCGGGAUCACACGGAGGGCAAGAACUGUGAGCGCUGCCAGCUGCACUACUUCCGGAACCGGCGCCCUGGUGCCCCGGUUCAGGAGGCCUGCAUCCCCUGUGAGUGUGACCCGGACGGGGCGGUGCCAGAGGCUCCCUGUGAUCCAGUGAGCGGGCAGUGCGUGUGCAAGGAGCACGUGCAGGGAGAGCGCUGUGACCUGUGCAAGCCGGGCUUCACUGGACUCACCUACACCAACCCGCAGGGCUGCCACCGCUGUGACUGUAACAUCUUGGGGUCCCGGCGAGACAUGCCAUGUGAUGAAGAGAGUGGGCGCUGCCUGUGUCUACCCAACGUGGUGGGCCCCAAGUGUGACCAGUGCGCGCCCUACCACUGGAAGCUGGCCAGCGGCCGGGGCUGUGAGCCGUGUGUCUGUGACCCGCGUAACUCCCUCAGCCCCCAGUGCAACCAGUUCACAGGCCAGUGCCCCUGUCGGGAAGGGUUUGGGGGCCUGACCUGCAGCGCCGCAGCCAUCCGUCAGUGUCCAGACCAGACCUAUGGAGACGUGGCCGCCGGGUGCCAGGCCUGUGACUGUGACUUCCGGGGAACUGAGGGUCCGGGCUGUGACAAGGCCUCGGGCCACUGUCUCUGCCGCCCCGGCUUGCGCGGGCCCCGCUGCGACCAGUGCCAGCGAGGCUACUGUGAUCGCUUCCCGGUGUGUGUGGCCUGCCACCCGUGCUUCCAGACCUACGAUGCUGACCUCCGGGAGCAGGCCCUGCGCCUCCGUGGCCUCCGCAACGCCACUGCCAGCCUGUGGCCUGGGCCAGGGCUAGGGGGCCACAGCCUGGCCUCCCGCAUCCUGGACGCGAAGAGCAAGAUUGAUCAGAUCCAAGCCAUUCUCAGCAGCUCCCCAGUCACAGAGCAGGAGGUGACCCAAGCGGGCAAUGUCAUCUUCUCUAUCAGGCGGACUCUCCAGGGCCUGCAGCUGGACCUGCCUCUAGAGGAGGAGACUUUGUCCCUCCCAGGGCACCUGGAGAGCCUGGACCAAAGCUUCAACCGUCUCCUCAUUAUGUACCAGAGCAAGAGGGAGCAGUUUGAAAAAAUCAGCGGUGCUGACCCUUCAGGCGCUUACCGGAUGCUGACUGCAGCCUAUAAGCGGUCAUCCCAGGCCGCCCAGCAGGUCUCCGACAGCUCCCGCCUGCUGCUCCAGCACAGGGGCAGCCGGAGGGAGGCCGAGCGACUGGAGAGGCAGGUGACAGGAGGAGGUGCCAGUGGCCCCCAGCUCGCAGCCCUGAGGCUGGGGCUGGCUUCCUUCCCUGACCUGACACCCCCCAUCAACAAGCUUUGUGGGGGAUCCAGGCAGAUGGCCUGCACCCCCGGAGCGUGCCCUGGUGAACUGUGUCCCCGAGACAAUGGCACGGCCUGUGGCUCCCACUGCAGAGGCACCCUACCCAGGGCCGGCGGGGCCUUCUGGAUGGCAGAGCAGGUGGCUAAGCAGCUUCAGGGCUUCACCGCCCAGCUCCAGCAAACCCGGAAGAUGAUCAGGGCAGCCGAGGAAGCCGCCUCGCAGAUCCAAACAGAUGCUCAGCGCCUGGAGACCCAGGUGAGCACCAGCCGCUCCCAGAUGGAGGAAGACGUCAGACGCACCCGGCUCCUCAUCCAACAGGUCCGGGACUUCCUUACAGACCCUGACACUGAUGCAGCCACCAUCCAGGAGGUCAGUGAGGCGGUGCUGGCCCUGUGGCUGCCCACCGACUCCGCUACAGUCCUGCGGAAGAUGAGCGAGAUCCAGGCUAUGGCGGCCAGGCUCCCCAACGUGGACCUGGUGCUGUCCCAGACCAAGCAGGACGUUGCACGGGCCCGCAGGCUGCAGGCUGAGGCUGAGCAGGCCAGGACCCGAGCCCACGCUGUGGAAGGCCAGGUGGAGGACGUGGUGGGGCACCUGCGGCAGGGCAUGGUAGCACUGCAGGAGGCUCAGGACACCAUGCAGGGCACCAGCCGCUCCCUUCGGCUGAUCCAGGACAGGGUUGCUGAGGUUCAGCAGGUCCUGGGGCCAACGGAAAGGCUGGUGACGGGCAUGAUGGAGCAGCUGAGUGGAUUCCGGGCGCGAAUAGAGGCGCUCCGCCGCCAGGCUGGGCAGCAGCGGGUGCAGGCAGCCCAGGCCCAGCAGCUCGCCGCGGGCGCCAGCGAGCGGGCACUGAGCGCCCAGGAGGGAUUUGAGAGAGUAAAGCAGAAGUAUGCGGAGCUGAAGGACCGGUUGGGUUGGAGCUCCUCGCUGGGUGAGCAGGGCAACCGGAUUCUGAGCAUCAAGAUGGAGGCUGAGGAGCUGUUUGGGGAGACCAUGGAGAUGAUGGACAGGAUGAAAGACAUGGAGUCAGAGCUGAUGCGAGGGAGCCAGGCUAUCCUUCUACGCUCUGCGGCCCUGACUGGGCUGGAGAAGCAUGUGGAGCAGAUCCGAGACCACAUCAACGGGCGCGUGCUCUACUACGCCACCUGCAAGUGAUGCUCUGCUUCCAGCCCCUGGCCCCACUUAUCUGCCCCCUUUGCUUUUGGAGGGCAAAUUCGGUUGGAAUGCUUUCUAGCUCUUUGAGACUUCUUUUCAGCCCGAAGCCCAGCCUGGGCCGUCCCUGGACUGCAGCUGAGCCUGAAUUGAUGGGACAACUCCAUUCAAGGGACAGAGGUGGAGGCAGCCCUGCCAUUGCCGCUGGGAGUUCUCAAGGGGAGGGAGCUGGUCUGGGCAGCAUCCCUAUACCUCCCCUCUUCCUUCUUUGAGGCUGAAUCCUGGACCAACACAAAAACUUAACCACAAAAAUGAUGUACAAAUGAAAAGUCCAAUAAAAAUCUUUGGAAAGGAGCCUGGAGGUUCAGUGAGG